GUGACACGAAACAGCACAUAGCUUCAGUGGCUGGUUGUGUGUAGGAGUCCUCUUCAGUGCGAGCAGCUCCACUGAAGUGCAUGUAACUGUAGCUGAUAGACACAGAUCUGGGUGAUGUGAUGUUUCUUCUGCUGCUGCUGCCCAAGUUGGCUUCUGUGUCUUUCCCGACCUGUUAGCCGAACUGGAGAAAUUAUAUCUUUAUAGCUUUUUUGUUGUUGCUGUUUUAUUUCCCGAAGCCUAACUGGGAACUUCUUUACAUUUCACACCUUCAAAGUAGCUUUUUUCUGUACAUGGCUGAAUCUUUCUGCAUCUCAUGGUAUAAGUUUGUCUAUUCAUGGGGCUGAAAAACAGAGUCGAAACCAUCACAAAAGAAGUGCAGCUUGCCAUCACACUUCAGAGCACCUGCCUGUGGUCAGGCAUUCCUCACUCCCGCCUGUUAGAAAGUCAAUAAACAUGGAGGAGUCGUCCUCUGGAUCCCCAGACUCAGCAGUCACUAAUGGAAAAGUAUCUCACCCAGCAAUUAGAGACGUCAAUAUUUUCUUUGACGGGUCUGAGGGUGUCAACAACCCGUCCAAGGACGAUGACUCUCUCCUUCACCCGGGCAACCUGACAAGUACCUCUGAGGACAGAAGCCGAUUGGAAACAGAAAAAGAUGGUGUGAAAGAAACAAGUAAAUUGAGUGGACUGUUUUUCAGGGAUGGGAAGUGUCGGAUUGAUUAUAUUGUUGUUUACAGAAAGUCCAGUCCACAAACAGAAAAAAGAGAGGUCUUUGAAAGAAAUAUCAGAGCAGAAGGACUACAGAUGGAAAAAGAGUCCUCUAUAACAAACAGCGACAUCAUUUUUCUGAAGUUGCAUGCCCCUUGGGAAGUUCUUUGCAGAUAUGCAGAACUAAUGAACAUACGUAUGCCUUUCAGGAGAAAAAUCUAUUACCUGCACCGGCGCUUCAAGUUCAUGAGCAGGAUGGAGAAACGAAUAAGCAGGUUUCGAGGAUGGCUGCCUCGAAAACCAAUGAAGUUUGACAAGGAGACUUUACCAGACCUGGAGGAGAAUGACAGCUACACUGCCCCCUUCAGUCAGCAGAGGAUACACCACUUUAUUAUACACAACAAAGAUACUUUCUUUAAUAAUGCCACAAGAAGCCGAAUUGUCCAUCAUAUUCUGCAGAGGAUCAAAUAUGAAGAAGGAAAGAAUAAAAUUGGACUUAACCGUCUGCUGAGCAAUAAUUCCUAUGAAGCAGCCUUUCCACUUCAUGAGGGAAGUUACAGGAGUAAGAACUCAAUAAGGACCCACGGAGCAGACAACCACAGACACCUGCUGUAUGAGUGCUGGGCCUGGUGGGGAGUCUGGUAUAAAUACCAACCUCUGGAUCUUGUACGGCAAUAUUUUGGUGAGAAGAUCGGUCUGUACUUUGCCUGGCUUGGCUGGUACACUGGAAUGCUUUUUCCAGCUGCCUUUGUGGGACUGAUAGUAUUUCUGUAUGGAGUCUUCACCCUGGAUUAUUGUCAAGUCAGUAAAGAAGUCUGCCAAGCAAGCGAUAUUAUAAUGUGUCCUUUGUGUGAUAAGUACUGUCCCUACAUGAAACUGUCAGACAGCUGUGUCUAUGCCAAGGUUACACAUCUUUUUGACAACGGAGCAACUGUCUUUUUUGCUGUUUUCAUGGCAGUAUGGGCGACAGUCUUCUUGGAGUUCUGGAAAAGAAGGCGUGCAGUGAUUGCCUAUGACUGGGACCUGAUUGACUGGGAGGAGGAAGAGGAAGAGAUCCGCCCACAGUUUGAAGCCAAAUACUCAAAGAAGGAGAGAGUGAAUCCCAUAUCUGGGAAGCCAGAGCCUUAUCAAGCUUUUACAGACAAAUGCAGCCGGCUGAUCGUGUCAGCAUCUGGGAUAUUCUUCAUGAUCUUAGUGGUGAUUGCUGCUGUUUUUGGCAUUGUUAUCUACCGUGUGGUGACUGUGAGCACUUUUGCUGCCUUUGAAUGGGCUUUAAUCAGGAAAAACUCUCAGGUUGCAACUACAGGAACAGCAGUCUGCAUCAACUUCUGUAUUAUCAUGUUACUGAAUGUGUUAUAUGAAAAAGUUGCCCUCAUACUUACAAAUUUAGAACAGCCUCGUACAGAGUCUGAGUGGGAGAACAGCUUUACACUGAAAAUGUUUCUGUUUCAGUUUGUCAAUCUGAACAGCUCUACGUUUUAUAUUGCCUUCUUCUUAGGAAGAUUCACAGGGCGCCCUGGUGCCUACCUGAGGCUCAUAAACAGAUGGAAGCUAGAAGAGUGUCACCCGAGUGGAUGCCUUAUCGACCUCUGUAUGCAGAUGGGAAUCAUAAUGGUACUCAAACAGACAUGGAAUAAUUUCAUGGAGCUUGGCUACCCGUUGAUUCAGAACUGGUGGACACGGAGGAGGCUACGACAAGAACAUGGCCAUGAAGCAAAGGCAAGCUUCCCACAGUGGGAAAAAGACUUCAACCUCCAGCCAAUGAAUGAUUAUGGACUGUUUGACGAAUAUUUAGAGAUGAUUCUGCAGUUUGGCUUCACAACCAUAUUUGUGGCAGCUUUUCCUCUGGCACCACUCUUAGCCUUAUUGAACAACAUCAUUGAAAUCCGACUUGAUGCUUAUAAAUUUGUUACGCAGUGGAGAAGACCCUUAGCCUCAAGAGCCAAAGAUAUAGGUAUCUGGUAUGGUAUUCUGGAAGGCAUUGGAAUCCUCUCUGUUAUCACGAAUGCAUUUGUAAUAGCAGUGACUUCAGACUUCAUCCCCCGACUUGUCUAUGCAUACAAGUAUGGGCCCUGUGCAGGGCAAGGGCAAGCUGGAGAAAAGUGCAUGGUGGGAUACGUAAAUGCAAGCUUGUCAGUGUUCCAAGUGUCAGAUUUUGAAAACCGUUCCGAGCCCAAAACAGAUGGAUCAAUAAAAUACUGCAGAUACAGAGAUUAUAGAGACCCUCCUAAUUCCAAAGAGCCUUACAGCUACACACUACAGUUCUGGCAUGUUCUAGCAGCACGGCUAGCUUUCAUCAUUGUGUUUGAGCACAUGGUUUUUACCAUAAAAAAUCUGAUUUCCUACCUGAUCCCAGACCUACCGAAAGACCUGAGGGAUCGAAUGCGGAGGGAAAAGUACCUGAUUCAGGAAAUGAUGUAUGAGGCAGAGCUGGAUCGCCUUCAGAAAGAAAGGAAUGAGAGGAAGAAGAAUGGAAAAUCUCAUCACAAUGAGUGGCCCUAAACAUAACACUGAAAAAGGUUUAAUCUACAUCCUCUGUUUACGUAUUCCUGCUCUGAAGCCCGUUGCUUCUGGAGAAUGAAUCAAUGCAGCCUCAAUGCAUGCCAGGAGAUGUUUUACAAGGCAAGCUGAUCAGCACAUUUACCAAGGGGUGUACUGUGAACACUUUUUGCAAUCAACCAAUACAAUAUUAACUGUUUCUAACACUGCAAGCAUGUUCCUAUAAAAUGCAACAGUUUGUACUUUGAAGAAGUGUUGUAUGACUGGCCAUUUUACAACAGUUUACUGCUUUUCUCAGAUGUUGCAUCUUCUUCCUUUUACAGUUUGUCAUACCUUUAGUGACUGAAUGUACAGUAAAUAAAAAAUGGAAACUUGUAUGUAAGUAAAUGGUCUGUCUGCUGUAACAUGCUCUUACUCUUACAUUGUAUUCAACAAAAACCCUGUUUACAAUUCGAUCCUUUUUUUUUAUUUCAGACCUUUAAAAAGAUUGAUGAUAUGACAUAUAUUGCUCAAUUGUAAAUAGCCAGAUAUUUAAGAGAAUGUUGAAUUUUCAUCAAAUUAAGGAUCGAUUCAUGAACGUGAGGCCAUGUUUACUGCUUAUAUAGUGUGAUACAAUACAAAUGUAAAAUAAACAUGCAUCUGAACUUUACCAGUGGUAAGUGUCGUUAAAAUGCUCAAAUGCUUUCUGCAAAACGUGUCUACCUGUUACAAACCGACAUGUAUGGCUUGGGUUUUGAAAUUGUCUCAUGGAUCUUUCUGUACAUUUUUGCAGUAUAUUGUAUAUUCUUCAUGCAGCAUUGCCCUUGACUAUGGCACUGAAGACGUCAUUUUGGUGGAUUGUUAACAGAUUGAGGAGCCAGUAAUUCAGAUUUUGAUGUGUUCUCAUAAUGCAGCCCUCGUGAAAAGAAAGCAUGUGUUGUGUAUUUAAUGAUUAAAUGCAGGGGGGUAGGUCUAGUUAGACUUUUUAAAAUUCCCAUUCAAUCUGUCAAUCAGUGUCCUUCCGGUUUUUCAAUA